AGUACACUAUCCAUUGUGUACAAGUGAAAGGUUCACAUAAAUAUUACGGAAAAUUAAAAGUUAUUUUUAUUGAUGAAAAAGGUAGUUUCGAAAACAGUUAUGCUGUUUAUGUUCUUGAUAUUGACCACCCUAGCUUUCUUGGUGUAUUAUAUCUACCAGUUAGGAACUAAAAAUGAAGAUUACUUCAUCAAAAGAGGACUCAAAUUCCGUAAACCAUUGUUUCUUCUUGGGAAUAACUUUCCUAUAGUAUUCAGGCGCUCUAAUUUUUUCGAUUUCGUAAAGAAUUUGUGCAAGGGAUAUACUGGAGAAAAAAUGAUUGGAUACUUCGCUUUUCGUGAACCUGUCGUUGUAGUCCUCGAUCCGGAAAUAGCUAAACAACUUGCUGUCAAGGAAUUCGACAAUUUUGCCGAUCAUAAAGUAUUUCUCUCUGAAGAAGUAGAUCAACUUGUAGGAAAUUCCCUAAUGGCUCUCACGGGACAAAAGUGGAAAGAUAUGAGAGCUACAUUGAGUCCUGCUUUCACAGGGAGUAAAAUGCGUUUAAUGUGUGACUUUAUGGUGGAGAGUUGUGAUCAAAUGGUCAGCUAUUUGAAAGAAGAAGUCACCAAGAAAGGACUACAAUCGUAUGAUGUUAAAGAAUUAAUUGCAAGAUUAGCCGUAGACGUUAUUGGAACAUGUGCUUUUGGAGUGAAAGUGGAUUCCUUAAAGGACAAAAAUAAUGAAUUUUUCGUAACUUCGAGGAGUCUCAUAAACUUCACUUCGAUAUCCCUACAAAUUAAAUUUAUUCUCUAUAUCAUUUGUCCACAAAUAAUGAAGUUCUUCAAAAUUUCUUUCUUUUCGGAAGCUGCUAGUAAUUUUAUUCGUAAAAUCGUCCUUGAUACAAUGAAGACAAGAGAAGAAAAGAAUAUCAUUCGACCUGAUAUGAUUCAUCUCUUGAUGGAGGCUAAGAAAGGAAAUUUAAUUGACGCUGGAAAUGAUAAAGAUUCUGCAGGAUUUGCAACAGUUGAGGAAUCAGACAUUGGAAUGAGAACUUUUAUUAAAAGAUCUUGGAAGGAUGAUGAACUUGUUGGGCAGUGCUUUCUCUUCUUUUUGGCUGGGUAUGAAGCACUAUCUACAAUCACAAGUUUUGUUAUCUAUGAAAUCAUGGUUAACACCGAUGUACAAGAUAAACUCUAUCAAGAAGUUUCUGAAAUGGACAAAAAAUCAGAAGAAAAAUCUUUGAAUUAUGAUACACUAAAACAACUCAAAUAUUUGGAUAUGGUUGUAUCGGAAGUUCUGAGGAAGUGGAGUGGUCCAGCCCUUGAUAGAGUUUGCACUCGAGAUUUCACUUUCAAAUACGAUGUUGAUAAGGAAUACACUUUCCACAAGAACGAUCUUAUCUGGAUCCCUACUGCAAGCUACCAUCAUAAUCCAGAAUUCUUUCCAAAUCCGGAAAAAUUCGAUCCCGAAAGAUUCAGUGAUGAGAACAAAGAUUCUAUUAACUUAUCGGCUUAUGCACCUUUUGGGAUUGGUCCUAGGAAUUGCAUUGGUUCUCGUUUUGCAUUAAUGGAGAUGAAGUCAACCAUCUACUAUUUGGUAUUGAACUUCCAUGUUGAACCAACAGAGAAAACCCAAAUUCCCAUCAAAUUUACUAAUAGUGUAAUAGGACUACAACCUGAGAAGGGAAUUCAUGCACAAUUUCGUCCAAGAUAUUAAGUUCUACUCACUACAAAUCUCUUGAUUUGUCUUUAGUAUAAGGUGUCAAGUUUGUCUUAAUUGUAUUUGUGAUAUCCAAUACACUCUGACCAAAAAUAUACAUAGAUAAAGCA